AGUAUUGAAAAAAUCAAUAGGCAAUUUCAACGCCCUUGCCUUAGUAAGGGAAAAUGUCUAAAAAUUUCGUUUAUGACAAUGUUGGAUUUUCUAAUGUAAUGGAAUCUCAAUCUCCAGGCUUAAAGCGGAACGAGACUAAAUGGAUAGCAAACGGAGCGGGAAGAGAUAGAGUAAAAAAGCCAAAGACGAGAAAAGUUAUAGAAGGCAAAACCAAGGCGAAGGACGAAUUUGUCUACAGCAUGGAUUCCAUCGAAUGGUCAGAUUUAACAUUUACUGCAAAAGAUCUUAUAGAAAGAGGUAAACUAUCGGCUAUAGUUAAAGUAUCUGAUGAUUGUAAUCCGAAUGGAUUCCCUCCCGGUCAGAUUAUGCAAAUUGUAACGAGUACGGAACAAGAUAGAAUAUACGCACAAGACGAAAUGGGCAACCUGAUUAGCUUGCCGAAAAGUUCUGCUUUGCCUAUAUCGUUAGAGGAUGGAACAUCGACAACGAUAGCGGAUUUGGUCGAUAGCCUUCAUGAGAAUAAAACUCCCAUUGCAGCUCGUAUAAAUUCGUCUAUGAUUAGCGAAAGUCGAAUGCUGUUGCACGGAAAAAGUUUGCUUUUGAAGUAUGUGAAAAGGGAGAAAUUUUUAAAGGGAUGCCUGAUUGAAGAGGCCUGGGUAGACCAAACCAGGAUAGUCGUUAUUCCAAUUUUUCUACCAAUCCAGUUCUAUGUUGCUGAGGGGAUGAGGGGAGCAACACCGGAAGAAUGGCAUGAAUACCAACUAAUGUAUAUCAGAACAAUCAGGAGAUUUGUCAUUAAACAGGCUGAUAAUUUUGAGGAUAUCUUUCUUCACAACGAGAGUGAAGAUUCGGAGAGAAGUGAUAAUUAUUUAAUUUAUUCAAGCUUGAACGACUACACGAAUUGGAAGCCUCAAGAAUAUUACAAUAUAUCGGAGUUUGAAAAGACAAAUCCUUCCGUCCCCACCUUACCACCUAGAGACUAUUCAGAAAGGGUCGAAUCGGCUGCCGAUGUUGUUGACGUUAUACCGGAUAUUAUCCAAGAGACAUCAGUAUUAACCAUUGAAACCAUACCGAAUGACCUAAGUGAAUUGUCCGCUGGUGGGGUUAUUGAUUGUCUGAAACUUCUAAAUGUAGACUUUGAUCAGUUCAAAAGACGAAAGAUAGAUGGCGCUGCCCUUCUUUCAUUAGACGAUAUUAAAGUGCUUCAAACAAUUUUCGAGUUGUCACCUUUACAGGCUGCAACUCUGAUAAGAUUUAUUAGAGGUUGGAGGCCGCAAACAUGACUUUUCUUUCAACUUCCGGUUAGAGAAAGCCGUUAUAACAUGUAUCUAACUUUCAAUUAAUAACAUUUCUAUCUUUUGUCCUCUUUGCCUUUUCUUUUAAAACUGGAAUUCACUGCAGAAAUGUUAUAUUUUUACUGUAAAUUAAAUUAGUCCUUAUCUAGUCAAAAAACUAAAUAACUUGCUACUCUUUAAAGGUUAAAAAAAGCUGAUAGGAUGAAACUUAAAAAGUCAUAUGCUUCUUACUCUCUGUAAUUAUGUAUGCAAAACAUACAACGAUAGCAUUUUCACAUCUACAUGCAUUUAUACAUGUUCUAUAUUCUAUACAUUUUAACUGUUUAAAUACUUGCCUAUUAUUUGUUCUUUGUGUUUAUAUUCUAUUGGAAAUAUUUAACACUGUGAAUAAGUUUAAUAGAAGAUGAACAUGUAAAUAGGAAAGAGAGCGAAAAUAUAGAUGUAUGUUUCAUCUUUAAACUGUCUUUGUGCCAUAUUUAUUUUAUUGAAUAAAAACUAAAUACUAGAUAUGCA